AUGGAUCCUACAAGUGCAAACACAGAUUUAAGCAAGAAAUCAAAGAGAGGGCAUCAGAGAAGAUUUGUGGGUGUGAGACAGAGACCAUCGGGAAGAUGGGUUGCAGAGAUAAAGGACUCCUUGCAGAAAGUUAGGCUCUGGCUGGGCACAUUUGAUACAGAAGAAGAAGCUGCAAAAGCAUAUGAUGAAGCCUCAUUAGCCCUCAGAGGACCAAGUGCUAGAACCAAUUUCCCAAUUCCAAAAGAUUUCAAUGAGAAUGAGUAUGCCAACAAGAGGCUGGCCUGUCUCUCUGCUAAAGUUAGAGGCCCACUAGAAUUAGAUGUGAAUAAGAAUAACGCUCCUUUUUCUUUUGAGACCACUGAGGAUAACACAGGUGGUGGUGCAGGAGGCAUUUAUGGGGCUCUCAAGGCUAAGUUGGAGAAAACAAACAGGAACAAUUUAGGAACAAGUUUUGGUGGUCAAAUAGCAAUACCCAAUAAAAAUUAUGCUACGAGGCCUGUUAUAGAUGAUAUCCCAGCAUGGAGAGUCUUGGGUCCUGAUUGUGGUAAUGCCUCUUUUAGUUUCCAAUUUGUUAAUGCAGACAAUGAGAAUAAAAUUGGCCAGGAGGGACCUUGUAAAAGGUCUAGAGUGGCUUCUUCUGUUAUUGUGCCUCCUACUUUUGAUCAGAUCAAUGGCCAGGUGGGCUUGGAGGGAUCUUCAGGUGGCUCUGGUAGUUAUCAUGGUUAUCCUAAUUCAGAUGGGUAUAGUGAGUCUUGUGAAGGUGCAGUUGUUGUAGAUGAUGAGUCAUUAUUUUUUGAGCCUGAAGGCCUCUGGAAUGACUGUAACUGGGAAGAUGGUCAACUUGACUGA